AUGACAUUUAGCGGCUUGCGGCAGCAGUUGCUGCUGCAUCUGCUGCUACCACCGCUGUUGUGCUUUGUGCUAUUCUUACUAGCCGGCCUAAUCCUGCCUCCCAUUCUUUCUUUUCUCCUGCCGCGACUUUUGAGGCGAGUCCAAAUAAAGUCUACCCGCAGCGACAGUAGCAACGAGAGUAGCAGCAGUAUCAACGAUAGCAACACGAGCAGCAACUCCAGCAGCCGCAAGGUAAACACUGAAGAUGAACAACUGCUGCCUGUGGCCAACCGGCCACGAAAGCUAUCAGAGGAGGGGGCUCCCCAAAUCUCGACAACGACGGAUUCUGUUGCUGCUGACUUUCGUUUUGUCUCGCCGAUACAGAGCAGCAGCAGCCGCAGCAGCAGCAGCACGAGGCGUCUGUACCUGACAUGCGAAUCUGUCCGCCACGGGGGCUUUCUCAAGUUGGAAGAUGCCGUCGUCGUGCUAGAGGAGGAGGUGACGCAACACUGUGCAGCCUGCGAAAACUGCAGCAGCAGCAGCAGCCCCAGGUGGAAGUGCGACGAAUGCGUCACCCACAAGAGCAGCGAAACACGUAUUUCUGUCUCCUUUUUGCACUUGUCUAUUAGCCGCAUGGUAGCGGGGAAGGCUUUUAGUCCUAGCACCAGCCAGAGCACCAGCAGGAACAGCAGCCGCACUGACGGAGUUGUUGAAAGCGGUGAGCCCUGUCGAGCAGCAGCAACUGAUACUGCUCCAGAUAACGACAGCAGAAACACCAGCCACGGCAGCAGGAAGCGCAGUGGGGAGAGCAGCGGCAAAGCAAGAAGCAGCAGGAUACUGGACGAGCUACUUAAACCCGUCUUCUUCCUCUCAGGUUGUCUGCUGCUUAUACGGCGUGCGCUGCAGCAGAGCAGCAGCCGUAUAAAAGAGCCACUCACCAGCCGCUUGCUGCUCAAGGCGGACCGCAUAUCUGUUACGAUUCGCCUGAAUCGCAGCAACAGCGGCAGCAGCAGCAGCAGCAGCAGCAAUGGCAGCAGCACAGGAGUCGCAGCGAGCUCGACUGACACCCUAGAGCAGCAACAUACCGAGCUACCAGCAAGCUCAGAAGCGGCAGCAGCAGCAGCGGCGUCGGCACCUGCACCAAAAGCAGCAACUGAAAAAGCUGCAGAUGAUGCUAGAACGAGCCCUAGUUUGCUCCAGUUCGUGCUGCAGUUGUGCAUGUUACAUGCACUGGCGCGGACCUGCGCGUUCAGCGCUGGCUGUAUUGAGGUGCUCGCGUUGCUAAUGCUGCCCGAGCCGCUCCCUCAGCAAGAACUGCAGGAGCGGGAGCAGCAGCAGCAACAGCAAAAGCAGCAGUUGCUGAACAAGCAGUUCCAAGACGACUGCGGCAGCAUGGGCGUCCUAUUGACGGCCAACGAAUUGCUGCUGUUGCCUUCUGCAGCGUUUGCGUCCCUUCGGGUGCACGCAGUCACAACAGGAGGCUUAUGCUGCCGUCUGCUGCUAGACGCAUCUGGCUGUCUUUCCGUGAUGCCCACGGACUUGUUGACUGCUGCUGCUGCUGCUGCACGCAGCUCCGCAGCCUUUGCCGCUGCAGCAAAACAUACCGGGGAUAGCACGCACUCAGUAGAAGCUUCUACAAGGACGGUAGUAGGAGAGCGGCCGCAGCAGCAGCUCCAGCACAGACGACCCGCUGCACUUCAAGCUGAAGAAGAAGGAGUCACAAUCAGCAGCAGCAGCAAAGAUGCAACAGCUGCUUUGAGUGGAAGCUCGUCUCGGCAGGCCUCUCGCGAACUUUCUGCUAGCGAUGCCAGCAGCAAUAGCUGCUGCACUAGUAGCAGCAGCUGCAGCUGCACUGCCUCACCAGCAAGGAGGUGGUGGUGGCGAGGUGCCGUGGAAGCGGACAGCAAAGACAUGACCGUUUCGGGUGCCACGUACUUGUCUCACCUGAUGUCUGUGUACUGCAUGGGCCGUCUGAAUGCUUUUGGUCUUCGAGCCGCAACAGAUGCUGCUCUAAGGGUUGCUGGUGUUCAUGUCAGUAAGCUAGUAACGGGCGAAGACAAGUGGCUGUGCCCUGUGAAGGCCGUGCACCGGUCGCGGGGCCGCUUGGUACUACCGGAGCAGCUGCCGCCUGCUGCGCUGCUUUUGCCGCCACUGCUGCACACGGAGGAAACCGUGGAGGUGACUUUGCUGCUGGACUCAGGUCUCAGCAGCAGCAGCAGCAGCACAUGCACGGCGCGCGCAGUGUACCUACACUCUAGCGGGACUGUCGCCGUCAACAUCCUUGUCAAUCUUCUUGCCAGAGUAAUUGAUGCCUACUGGAGAUGCAGGAGAUCUACUCGAAACAAAAGCAGCAGUAGCAGCACCAGCAGCUCUAGGGGGGAUUUGUUGAGGAAAGAGAACACCUGCGACACUCAAAGUGUCGCGGAUGCACAAGGGCCUCAGGGCAGCAGCAACAGGAACCAUGGAGACACUCAGCAGAGGACUCUGCCUGUGCUUGUUUCAGUGCCGCGUUUGCUGCUGCAAGUUCUCGAGCGUAGCAGCAAAAGCGCCUUGCUGCUGCAUGCGGACGGUGCUCUGUUGCAGCUAGAGACAGUGGUGCGCCAAACCCAGCGACAAGUCAACUUGGUCAACUGCGAUUUCCAGCAGGAGCUGCAGGAGAUGCAGCAGCUCCAGCAGCAUCUUGCGGAAGAGCAGCGGCGGGACCACAUGCCGCCAUUGUCAUCUAUGGGAGCAGCUACAGGAAACUGCAAAGAUAAGGCUGCCCUGAGUUACAGCUGCGACGGCAGUAGCAGCAAACUCGUGCGUUUUGCUGUCUCCACAGGCCUCUGCAGGCUAUCCACCGCUCACGUUCUGAACGGCGGCGUUCCUGCUGCUGGGCCUUUUGCUGCAGUUUCGGAUCCAACAGAAACAGCGGCUGCAGUAGCAGCGCGUAGGGACGCAGCAGCAACAGAAGCAGCUAAAGCUCUCCACUCCAUUCUUUGCUCGGUGCCGUCGCAAGGGAUUUCAGGCGACGAGAUGGGCAGUUUGCCUGCUCUGUCCCCUCGGUCGGCAGCAGCAAAAGCAGCAAAAACGGCAGCGGACAAAGAGCCAGUGGCAGCCAAAACAAACGCCACGAAUGCAGCAAUCGCGGCGGUGUCAUUUUUUAUAGGCGCUGGAGAGUUGCAACGUCUCGAAGCUGCUUACGGCGAUGGCAGUAGUAGCUCCAGUAGCUGCGGGAGUCGGAGUUGCUGCUGUGGCAGCAGCGGGAGUGUGGUGCUACUCCCUGAUGAGAAUUCUUUGGGCGAUCAGUGGGUUCCAAGCGCCUUUACUUUGGCUGGAUGGUGUGGAGCCUUGAUUCUGAGCUGCAGCAGCAGCAGCGUCGAGAUUAAGCCUCUGGGGGAAGCAGCACGGAUUGGGGUGUAUGGACAGGUGCAGUUGAUACCUCUGUAUCGACAGCACGUACGUGUCGUGCUGCCGGGGGGCUGGCUCCACUGGAGAGAGGAGGGGUUAUUGUUUUGGGUCCUAGUAAUUUUGUACCUUCGCGCUCUCUACAGGCACUGCAAGGAGAGGUUCACCUUGCAGCAGCCCUGUUCCCCUUCUUUUUCUGCUGACAGCAAAGAAAACAACAGCAACAGCCAAAAUGGCAACCCUGGCAAUUGCAGCAGUAGGAUCAAAGGAAAUGAGGCUCCCAGAAGAAGUGCUGACGAAGCAGAAGGCUUUGCUUCGGUUGUAGCAUCAGGCGAAGAAACUGCGUCAGGAGCUGCGGCUGCACGAGAAGCAGCAGGGAACGGACGUGACAUUUUUUCCGCAGCAGCAGCAGCAGCAGAUUUACCUUUUCUAGAGGGCACAUGUCCUUUCUUUGCCGGGUUCGACUGGUCCCCAGGUAUCCGCAGUUUCGCUGCAGCAGUCCAGAAUUUGGACUUGUUUGAGGGGCUGACUCCUGAUUGCUUCCAUUUAGUGGCUCGCCACUUCGCCGUGUACUCGCCUGCUGCUACACUGCAGCCUCAUCCUGAGCAGCAGCCUCACGAGGCGCAGCAGCAGCAGCAACGCCAAGUGCUACUGCGGCUCCUUAUCCAGACUAUGCAUGUACACAGCUCUUCACUCACUGGUGGAGCUAUUGUUGCUGCCAUGCCGCUCCACGUACAGUCCAUGUACGUCGAAACUAGCAGCAGCAGUAGUGACAACAGCAGUGGCAGCAGCAGCAGCAGCAGCAGUGGCAGCAGCGUUGACAGCAGCAGUGGCACCGAAACUGAAGAGCUACGCCAAUGCCAUGCGUUCACUUCUUUUCAGUCUCUUCACCUUCAAGUGCAUGAGAGUCUGCAGAAUGUGCAACAGCAACACCAGGAUCAGCAGCAGCGGGGCCAGACAGAGAGCGUGCUGCGUGCAUGCGAAGGAACAGAGACAGCUUUUAUUUCAGACUUGUGCGUCUGGGUGCCUCACAGCGGGAGGUCCGUCAAAGUGUCUAUGCAGCAGGCUAGCAGCUUUGUGCUGCAGCAACAGCUGUUGCAGCCGCUCUUUGCUCUGGUAGAGGCAGUGCAGCAAGAUUUGCUACUGCCCUCUCUUAUUGCCCUGAAGCUAGACCACCGCCUGCAUGGUGGCCACGAGCCGGUGCUCCAGAUUGGAAUAGGAAGCAUUUCAGCUUUCGUUUCUUCCGAAUUUUUGGUGAAGACGGAGGACCUGACGGUGAACAUACAUCCUGUUUCGCUCCAUCAAACCCCUGCUGUUUUGCGGAAACUGGUAGAGCAGGAAGCAACGCGCUUGCAACAGCUGCAAGCGGAGCACCAGCACAGUUUUGCGAAUUACGGUUCCACGGACAAUCGGCAGAAACAGCAGCAAGGGCAGCAGAAAAAGGAGCAGCAACAGCAGCAGCAACAAGAACAGGAGCAACAGCCACAGGAGCAACAGAAGCAGUCGCAGAAGCUUCAAGGAGAGAAACAAAGGAGCAAACGCUGGGAAUUGGAAAACACUCCUUACCCGUACGUCGACGUCUUGGUAACAAAUCCUCAAGUUUUCUGCGUUGGCCAGGAUGCCAAGCAGCAGCAGACGGAUGAGCACCAGCACCGGCAAGAGCAGCAGGAACAGCAAAAACAAGGACCGCAGCAGCAGCAGCAGACGCGAAAGCGGAUGCAAGUGGAGCCCCCUAUUUUCUGCGGAGACAAAAUUCGUGUGUCAGUGCACCGAAAGUCUUUGCUGCUGAAUGAGUUGAGCCAGAACCAGCAGCAGCAGCACCAGUCGCAGGUUUAUGGCGAGACGCAGCAGUGGGUGUGCGUUUUUGUUGACGGGGUUACUGCGGUGUAUCCAGAGACACUGCGGGGCGACUCUCUUGCUGCUGCAGUCGCCGAUGCAGCGCAUGCAGUGGGGCCGCUGGUUCGGCAAAUCAUCGGCGCAGCAUCAACUUACCAGAUGCAGCUGCAGCGCCACAAAACAGCUUCUCUUGCCACUGGUCGUUUAGUCCGCUGCAGCAAUGACCCGCAGCAAGUCCGGUCUCCUGCUGCUGCUGCUGAAGCUGCUGCUGCCAGAGACGCUUGCACAGCGGCACUCGCGAUUCCGCUGUACCUUUGUCUGUCUCGGGUUUACGCAGCCUGCCUCACGCGAACAGUAAUAACGGAAAGAGCAGCAGCACCAGCAGGUGCAGCAGCAGUAGCAGCAAGUCGGCAUACGCACGAAGAGGAGGCUCCAAGCGACCAACUGCUGCAUAUUCCUGAGGAGAACCUCCGAGUGUGCACUAAAAGCGACGAUAACGAUGCCAAGAGUACUGGGAGCGCCUGCAGCAACAGGAACGACGAAAGCAGCGGCGGGCUCAGCGAGGGCAGCAGCAGCAGCAGUAGUAGUGGCGGCUUCAACACCAUAGAAAUCUGCCUCUGCCGCCAGGCUAGACCAAGCCUCCACAGAGCUUUGGGGGAUCCGUCGGAAACGCCCGUAUCGACGGACUUUUAUUGCGAGAGCAACAGCAGAAGCAGCAGCAGCAGCAGCAGCAAUAGCAGAGAAAGCAGCAAGGAGCCGCCAUCCGCUCCUCCAACAGGUAGAAGGACAAGAGAACUGAAAAGGUAUAAGCAGAACCCCCGAAAUGCCCGUAGCAGCGACUUUAUUGAUCAACAGAAACGACAGGAUCAGCAGCAGCAGCAUGAGCAGCGGCAGCAAAAUGAGCAAGAGCCGCUGCACCAAGACGAGCAGCCACAGGAGCCAGAGCAACAAGACGAAGUCGUUCCGCUGCAACGUGCUCUUUGCCCCUUCGCAGAUCCUGCUGUACUUGCUGCUGCACCAGCUGUACGCAGCGCUGAGGUGCAGCAACUGCUGAGCAGAAAGCUACAGCAGCGGCAUGCUGUAGUCGACAUGUCCCCAUGGCAAGCUGUGGGCAGCUGUGUUGCUCCUUUGCGGCCGCGUCACCAGCACCAGCAACAGCGCCGGCACCAGCACGAGCAACGGGUGCAGCAGCUGGACCAGCAGGGUCGAGUUCAGAGAAAACAACUCGCAGCCCUUCGACAUAUGUGGCAGCAGCGAAGAGGCAGCAGGGACAACAUCUCCACUUCAGAGUUUGCAUACACCCCAGUUGCUGCCUUGAGGCUGGAAAGCCUCUCGAUCUGCCUGGAUGACUAUCGAAGGGCAGCAGCAGCAGCCACUGCAGCAGCAAUCAUGUUGCCACCUCCCCCCUUGGGCACUUACAGAACCCUGCAGCUGCGUAUGCAGUCCAUUGCACUGCGGCUGUUUGCUGAUAAGCAACAGCAGCAACAGCAACAGCCGCCGUUGCGGCAGUUUCAAGGCGCUCCACUGCUGCAAGAAGAACAGUUGAUGCGCCAGUACUUGACGAGACUGAUACUGGCGAAUCCGGGAUUUUCCGGAUACAUGGGUAGUUCUGCUGAUGCUCCUGAGGGACAAGAAUGUAUCGUAUUGGUUUCGUCUGAGCAGUUGGAUUUACACUUCGCUUCUUUUGAGUUGGCCGCAGCACCAGAGCGCUCGAUCAGCGUCAGCAACAGCAGCAACAGCAAACGCACUGAAGGCUGGGGAAUUGAGGACGUCUGCAGUUUGCUGCUGCAGCCGCAGAGGGUUGCCAUUCGCUUUGGGCAGAGUGCAGCAGCAGCCGUGGCAGCAGCAACAGCAGCAGUCACGUGGACCCAAAGAGUCUUCGACGCCGACGCAGCAAUGGCGUUUUCUGCUGCUGUUGCAGCAAUCAGUGCAGAACAUUGGGCGUGUGUACAUCACAGGAACAGCAACAGCGACGACAGUAGCAGCAGCAGCAACGGGCAUAAGAGCAAGAACAGCAGCAACGGCCCAAGAAGCCCGGAUGCCAGUUUAAGUCCAACGAGCAGCAAUGAGCAGAAGCAGCAGCAACAGGGACAGCAACGGCGGAAACAGCAGGUACAACUUGAGCUCUGCUUGCUUCAAGACUUACAGGUUGAGUUCUGUCGCGGGGGUUUCAUGCUCGUGCGGCUGCUGCUGCCUGCACUGCAUUUUGCUGCGGCCUUCCGAUAUUUGGCGGGAGUAGCAGCAGCUGCAGCAAAAGGUGCCACCGCUCCUUUGAGGGCAAAGCCUAGCGAGUUGGGUCAUUGUAGCAACUUGGAUUUCGCCGAGACAGCAGGGGCAGGGGCAGCGGCUGCUGCACCUGCAGCUGCAGAGGAAUCAGGCGGCUCUUCUAUCAACCCUGUGCUUCCCUAUCUACUUUCACUAGACUGUUUGCUGCAGCUGAGGCACGGCCUCUGCUGCCUAGUUUACGGGCGCGCACCGACAGACACACAUGCUGCUGGUCCUGCUGCGGAUGCUGUUGCGUGGCAGCCACUGGUACAGCUGGCGCAGGUACUCGCCAGAGUGAGCUUUUUUUUCAAGCAGCAGGAGCAGCACCAGCACAGGCCAGAGCAAAAGGAGCAACACAUGCAGCAGCAGCAGCAGGUUCCAGAGCCACUGCCACAACUAAAAGUCGACGCACAAGUGUUCAUCCGAGGCAUUCACCAACAGCGUCAGCAGCAGCAGCAGCAGCAGCAACAGCGAACCGUUGGCGACAGGUGGCCAUCGCAUCUUCCACGAAGGCAGCAGCCGCCGCCGCAGCAGCUGUCACUUAACUUGACUCCUGAACACACUUUGCUGUUAAUGCAGCUCCUGUUUGGCAGAUGCCAAGGCACGGCACAGCCUGCCACCCCCACAAAUGCUAAUCUGGAGCCGCAGCCGCUGCAGCAGCACGGGCAGCAGCAGAAUUUGGAGCAGCAGCAAAAAGCAAACUGGCUAGUUCGGGUAUAUAGGGAGCUCCGAGAGCAGGGAGAUAUCAUAGUCAAGCUUAGGGCGGCGGUGCGAGAUUUGCAUGCCAAGUGCGACUUCGCUCGCUGCAGCGUUGCUGCUGCGGAGCUGCACGACAUGCUGCUGCUGCGAAGGCAUCAAGAGGAAGAAGCGGUGCGUAGUAGCCAGACGAAGUGCCGUCAGCGCGAAAGCACUAGCGCAGCUGCUCAUGCUGCAGGAGCUGCUACAGCAGCUGCUGCAGAUGUGGGUGCAUCAGCACCAACAGUCGCAGCAGUGGGAAGCACACCGAGACAGAGCGCAGAGCAGUUUACGGGGCCACUAGACGCACGUCUGCAGCGGCAAGAGCAGCAACAGCAACAAAAAGCAGGGGAUUCAGUGAGGCUACUUCGCGAGGGUUUUGCAAGUAUUCGCAGCAAGGCGUCUUCUGAGUGGGGAGGAAUGGCGGAUAGCAGCAGCAGCGGCAGCGGCUCCGAGUUUGCAGCAGAACGCAGCGUGGCGCGGCCUGCCUGGCAGCAGCAACAGCAGCAGCAAAGAAGGUCGUUGCUGCAAAGCGAUAUGUGGAGAAGCGUUUCGUGGCGUUCCAGAGUAGGACGCCAGCAACAGCAGCAGCGCAAGGGGCAUGAGCUACCUGUGCAGUUGCAGCAGCAGCAGGGGCUGUGGUUUGAGGGGUUGCACACGUGGUCUGGAGAAGGGCUUGGAAGCGGCCUACUGCAGGAAGAAUGGCGCAGCAGUAGCAGCAGCUUUAGCGGAAGCGACUCUAUUUACUGUUCGUCUGACACGACCAAGUCUGCGGGGGAAGCAAGGAUUUCAGGGUCAGUAGCGGAGGAGGAAGGGGGUGCUAGCACUGCAGCUGCAGCAGCAAGAGCAGCAACAGCCGCAGCAGCAGCAGGAGAAGCAGCGCGCAUUUGCACGGCUGCCGAUAUUUGCGAAGAUAUCAAGACCCAUCAAGUCCGGCAGAGCGUUAUCUUGGUGCGACACGUUUUACUCAGCUUUGAGUGCAGGGAAGCUGCUUACAGCAGCAGCAGCGUUGUCAGGCGACGGUCUUCUGCUGUUGACUGUGGGGCAGCAAAGCAGGGACAGCAACUGCUGCAGCAGCAGCAGUUUGUUCGUGCUGCUUCUCGUCUAUGGGGGCUCACAGUGCCUUCCUAUCUUCCCACGCCAUCAGCGGAUUUGCUGCCGCUGCUCCGCGUACCGGGUAUUCGCAUUGAAAGACAGAAGCUGCCGCAGCAGCCGGAGCCGCAGCGGCAGCAGCAGAGCGACCCUACGCAUGCAGCAUGCAUGCUGCUGCAUUGUCCUUCUCUUUUGCUCUCUCCGACAAGUCUUGCUCAUAUUUUUAAGUGCAUGAAUUUAGCAGAGGCGGCGCGGCAGCUGCUGCAGCCCUACCUGCAGGUCUUAUUGCCGCCUAAAGAAACUCGACAGCAGGAGCAGCACCAGGGCGAACGCCGCAUGCGGCGACAGCAGCAGCAGCAGCAGCAGAUGUCUUGCGGCAUGAUAGAGCUAAGCCUCAAGUGCACGUACCCGCAGGUCAGCAUACACUACAUAGAGCUGCAGCGGGGCCAGCAGCAGCAGCUCCUGCAGGAAGCUUCCUCGCACACGAGCCGCAGUCGCAGCGGGACUCUCGGUAGCCGCGCAUCUUUACCGGGAGACAGCCGCUGCGGGGCAGCAGAAGACCCCUACAUUGAAGGAGAGUGCUGCAGUGUAUCUGCUGCUAUGGCAGUAAACUCCUUCCCGCUGCUGCAGCAGCACCUGAGCGUGGUGGAGGCUAUGUGGGCUGACAACGACCGGCUUGCAGCAGCGGCAGCAGCAGCAGACACUGCUGCAGUAGAGAAUUCCAUAGGAUCUCAGGCCUGUUCGAGUAGUCAGCCAUGCGCUGCAGCUGCAGCAGCAAGGUUGGCAGCUUGGACUGCUGCAGCAGAAGCAGCAGCAAGGAGGCAGCACAGCCACCUUGCGAAUAGAAGCAGCAGCAUGGGUAGCAACAGAAGCAGCAGCGGAACGCAUUCAAGGUACGGAGACAUAGGGAGUGGGUACCACAACUUUUUGGCGCUGCGCGGCUCGUGCGGCUGCUGCUGUCGUGGUAUACCUCUUGGGUGGGCAAGGGAGGUGGCAGCAGCAGCAGCAGCACAUUCAGCGAUUCUUCCAUCGCUGCUGCUGCUGCCGCUACCUGAGCAAGACCCGGCCCUCUGUGCCCCUAUAGAGAUGAUACAGCACGCCUACAACAGCCGCAUCAGCAGCGAACUUCGUGCUGCUCUUUCGGGAGUACAAACAACUCAGUUUGUUCUCUCCACGCCUCUCGCCGUGGCCCAAGCUCGGCUGGAGAUUGCGGCGGAGACCAUUCCUGCUACUUCACCAUCAGGGCGUCGGCUAAAGCAGCAGCUUCAGAAUCAGCAGCAGCAGCAUUUGCUGCUGGUAGACGUGAUAUCCCGUGUUGGGCCUGUGUGCGGAUCUGUGGGAGACCUUCACAUGGCUGGAUUGCUGUGGCACCUUCCGUUAGUUGCGUCUGCUGCUGCGUCUGCUUCCCCUACUGCUGCUGCAACGCGGCAGCGCAGCAACCGAGGAGUUCCUCACCACAGCAGCAGCAAAGCAGACGUCCGUUACCUGCUGCCUGAGCAACUCGCAUAUGUCUGCCUAACAAGCAGCGACAGUGAGAAUGCAACAACACCGCUGGGUUUAUCUACAGCCCCACCAGCAGCUGCAGAUAUAGCAGCUGGCUUGGCCAGCCCCGCCUACAACAGUAGCAGCUGCAGCAGUAGCAGCAGCAGCAGCGCGCGCACCGUCUCAUUAGUCCACGAUGCAGCCACAUCGCAGUUGCCCCAGCAGCGGCAGCAGCCGCAACAGCAGCAGCUGCAGCAGCAGCAAGCUUUGCCUCGGCCUCAACAGGCGCCGCACACAAAAGGAGUGUGGGGUGGAGAGGGCAGCGCCGGCAGCAGAUCCAGCGUGGCUGUAAUGCCGCAACUUUUGAAGCCAGUGGUCUGUCUAGCAACGGUUUCUUGUCUUUUGGAAAUGUCCGUUCCUCAGCUUGGCUGCAACUGCCGGCUGCUCUGCGGCAAAUGCCUCUUCGCUGCAAAUUCAGAGAGCUUCGUCAUGUUGCAGCAGCUGCUGCACCGGAUGCUGCUGGCGUGCAACAUCAGCAGGACGAGACCGUCUUCGACAACUGCGGCUGUUGCUGCAGCAGCCGCAGCGGCGGCGAACGCAGCUGCUGCUGCUGUAGCUGCUGCUACUACAGCGCGUGCGCCUUCUAGUUCCAGACAGCAUCUGCAGCCCACAGAGAAUAUGCACGAGGAAACCCCGACGCUCCGCGCACAAGAAAAGGCGGGGGAGGCGUCGGCAGCAGCAGCAGUAGCGGCAGCAGCAUCGGCUGCGAAUGCUUCCACUGCCACGGGACAAGCAGAGAACACGAAUCUACCAGCUGCAGCGCAAUCGCACGGACAGCAGCAGCAGCAGCAGCAUGCCCAGGCGCCACAGCAGAGGCGGGUGCGGCCCUAUGUUGCACGGAAGCUGCUGCAUGCAUUCUUAGUCGAGGAAGCAGCAGAUGAGGGCCUCUCGCAGCUUCCGGGAGGUGUGGCGGGGACCAGCAUGACGCGGUUGCAGCAGCUGCAGCAGCCAGCAGCCAGUGCGCUCGCUGCCGGUGAUUGCGAACAGCAGCAAAAAAAGAAACCUGCCACGCAGCAACGCCGACAAAUCUCUGUCGGAAUCCUUGUUGAGGAGAUUUGCUGCUCUCUCCUAAGCAGCUCCACCAAUCUUCCGUUUUGCUGCAUCUGCUGCAGUGAUGCAGCCGGUAGCCUGCAGCUGCUGCUGCAGGACGAGAGACACCUGCAGCUGGAAGUUGACUUGGCAGAUUGGCGUGUCCUAGACCUAUGCCCCAAAGCAGCAGCAACCGGUGCUGCUGCUGCUGCUGGAGGUACAGGCGGCGAGGCGCACCCGCAGCAAAAACAGCAGCAGCGACGACUGGCACCGUGGUCGAGUAAGCUGCAAAGGAAAAGCACUACAGCAGAAGCUGCAGCUGCAGCUGCUGCGCUUGGUGUUGCUGCUCCGCAUACACCGGAAGCCGCAUCCACCGCAGGCCCUUCCUUCCUGCCUAGGUUUAAUUCUGCUUGUUCUGAAGGCCUCCUUAGUGCAACAGCAGCAGCAGCAUCUCGCACAGCAGCAGCUGCAAGGCUCAACUCAAGGACAAAGGCCCCUAAUAAAGUUCGCGACAAGCUGCAACAGCUGCUUCCAGCGAUGAGGCAGCGUGCAGCUGCUGCUGCUGCUGCUUCAGCUGCGCAGCUGCAUCGCCUAAUGUCCCAUGGGACGCCGGGAGCUGCGGGGAACAGAGGCGCGGGUAUUCUUGGUCAUAUGGAAAGUGCUGCAUCUGUAGGUGCAUUGGAGAGGCCGACAGCAACGGCAGCAGCAGCUCCUGCUGCUGCUGCUGCUGAUGGGGGCAGUGUUGCAAGCAACUGGUCUCUUUUCCAGCACCCCACAGGCAACACGCUACUCAGCAGCAGCAGCAGCAGUAGCAGCGGCGGCGGCAGCAGCAGCAGCGACGAAGAAGCAGCGGGCCGCCUAAGAGCCCUACAGUCUUCAUCAGAUGACGAGCACGCACUGCUGCACUCUAGUAGCAGCAGCAGCAGCUCCAAGCUGCUUAAUCAGGCAGUAGAAGCAGACGUGGCGGCAGUAGCAGGAGACGCAGCAGCAGAAGACGAAGCCUCGUUGCUCUUCAAGCUGCGGCAGCAGUUUGCUGCAGACAACGUAUCGCAUGCUGCGCAAGAGGCACCAUCAGGAGCAGCAAGAGAUCCACAACCACGGGAAAGCGCUCUUGAGCCAGCAGCAGCAGCGGAAGGAGCAGCAACACCGGAAACAGCAGCAGAGCUGUGGGGCGCCAAAGCCGGAAGCAUUUUCGAGUCUUUCCCCGUUAGUCGGCUGGGAAAAGAUGCAGCGGCAGCGAAACAGCAUAUGCUUUUGGGGUUCCAGCAAGAGCAGCAGCGGCGUGCACGGCAGAGGCAGGAGCAGCAGCAGCAGCAAAAUCAGGAAGCAGAACAGCAGCAGCAGCACCAGCGACACUUGCAGCUGUCUCAACCGGCCUUUACUGUAUCCUCCUUCUUGGGGGUUGUCCUGCCGCCAGGGCUCAAGGCUGUGCGAGUGCUUUCGCCUCUCUUCGAGCUCCACACGCAGCAGCAGAAGCAGCAGCAGGAGGGAGUAGCAGCAACAGCAGCAGGCUCCCUGGGCGGAGGCGCAGGCGGGCAAAAAGAAAGGCCAAGCCACCGACUAUCGGCGCAUGCGGUGUCUGUUCGCUGCAGCCAUAGAUUCGUAGUGCUGGAUUGCGGACGUUUCCAGGUGUUCGACUACUUGCUGCUGCACAUCGACCCCGUCAGAGUCUCACUGACAUCUGCGUUCGUGGAGUGCCUUUACAGUUUUUUCUUCCCGCCCGCUGCCCCCCAAGCAGUAGACGCGGUGGCACUCCUUGCUCCCUCUCUGAAGUGGCCUUCCCCGGCGACUGCUGCUGCUGCUGCUGGCGGCUCUCUGUGCACGCAAGGGCCAGCUGACGUUGCAACAGCUACAGCAGCAGAUGGUACAGCAUCCGCGGUGCUGGGUGGGGCCCAAGGCGCGGCAGCACCAACAUACGGCGAACAGCCCCAUGCGUCCUGGACUGCCCCCAAAACGAGCAGCUCUGGUGCUUUGCAGACGGGCGCACAGAAAGCUCAGGCAGCAGCAACAGAUGCAGGAAAGCGCCCGCCGGCUAAACUGCAGCAGCAGCCACAGGAUCCAGGCCUUGGGGUGUACUUCUGCUACGUGCGAGUGUCGCCGUUCGCUGCUGCAGUUACCUACAGAGGAGCCAUCCGGCUGGACAACGUUUUGGUGGAGCUACGUGCCUUUGAAGUGCAGCACAAGCUGAAGCCUUUCAAAGCCCUCAUUGACAAGUACAUUUGGUUCCUAGGCAAACAAGCGACGGGCCGCGUAAUAAGCCACAAGCUUCUGUUGCUGCUGAAGAGGAGGCGGCAGCACGCGGGCGACAGCUUUUCGGACAUCAAGAAAAGAGAUUUACUUUUUGGAACAAAGUAG